ACACCACGCGUUUUGACGACAUGCCCUGAAUGUUUGUCGAGUGUCGUUGACACUUUGCAUCACCCACCAUCGAAAUAAGCUCACCAACUGCCAGCAGGCACACCGCCGCGUUGACAAAGAACACGGUUUUCACACAUGACCAAUGCGAGCCAAUAAACCCCGCCCUGCUCGAGCGACCCCGCAUCGACCAACAACUACGCGCUGAUCCCGCCGACGACAUCGCCGAGCAGCCUUUACCUCACUUUCUAUCCCGAUAACCACCUUGCUCACCUUUUGCCAUGGCGUCAGGGCCAACAACGCCAAGACGUCAGUCCAGGGGCCGUCCUAGAGGGCGGCCCAAGGGCACUGGCUCAACCAGCGCGUCUCGCGUCAGGAAGUUUCCAGAAGACCCCCCGGCAACAGAACCCCCCUUGAAGAAGCGUAAAUAUGUCCCCGGAGGGCCGGGAGGUGGUGGGAGAUAUUUAGACGACGAUGGUGGCGAAGUCCCACCCGAAAAUCUAGGGCCAGCAACUACCGUGUCCAGACAGCGAGCCUCAGCCCGGACCGAUGCGCAACCCUCCCCUACCGUUUAUCCGCGCAGAGAACGAAGCACGAGGAUACGAACGGCCGUGAACCGAGACGAACUCGACGAUAUGCAAUACAGUUCAGCAACAGCCCUGGCGGCCGCUGUCGUCCAGAGCGAGGGGUACAAGCCCAGAGAGGAGCGAGGAUGGGAGGAGUUCCACCCAAAUCUUGACAUCGAGGCCACCUUUGCGGUGCUUCCUGCCGAUGAAGUAGACGGCAUAGUCAUAAAACCAGCACCCCCAACACCUGUUGCGCUAGGUACUGCCAGCCUCCUGAAUGGCGCAAGUACCCCUACUAAGGACGGCGCGUUUGUCUUCACAGGUGCAAACGGCACGCCUAAUGGCCAGGGAAAGCCAUCAUUUUCCGGCCUAGCAGAUACCCCGAGUAGGCGUCGACUUGCCAGGCCAACAAGAGAUUCGGUCUCCUUGUAUGCCACCCGACCACUGGAUCUUGGGUUAACCCCCCAGGUCCCCAAAGUAUUGCCUAUUCACAGCCAGAACGCGAAAGAGCGGCUGGAUCUGAAGAUGCCAUCAUACCGAAAAAUCGACCGUAUCGCCCUUUUUGAGAGCAAGACGUUUGGCCAGGCGAGAUAUGUCGACAAGUCGAUGAUGAAUGUGGGCUAUCAGGAGAGCGACAACUUCAUCCGGCCUGAUCGCAAGCUCAUCAAGGCGAUAGAUGCCAACACUGAGGAGGACCUGGAACAGGUCGCUGUUGUCUCGGCGGCAGGCGAUCCAGUCCAGCACACGGCCGGCGUGGUUGGGCGUGUGGAGUACGAUAUGGACGAGCAAGAUGAUAUGUGGCUCGAGGAUCUGAACAGUCGGCGAAAGGCGACCGAACUGGAUCCAAUAACUCGUGAGAUCUUUGAGAUCACAAUAACCAAAAUUGAAAAAGAGUGGCAUGCGCUCGAGAAGAGGAUACCGAAGCCCAACCCGAAGCCGCCACAGACUCACAGACCGAGAUCCAGCUCUGCGGCUGCAGUUAAUGGCGAGCCGCAAGCUGGAGAAGAGCAGGACAGCAAAUGUGCCAUCUGCGACGACGGUGACUGCGAGAACACCAACGCGAUCGUGUUUUGCGACGGUUGCGAUUUGGCGGUUCACCAAGAAUGCUAUGGUGUGCCGUUUAUUCCCGAGGGGCAAUGGUUGUGCAGGAAGUGCCAGUUGAUUGGUCGUGGUAUUCCGACAUGCAUUUUCUGCCCCAAUACCGACGGGGCUUUCAAGCAGACCAACUCGUCCAAAUGGGCACAUCUGCUAUGCGCCAUGUGGAUCCCCGAGGUGUCUUUGGGGAACCACACCUUCAUGGAGCCGGUGAUGGAGGUCGAAAAAGUGCCCAAGACGCGGUGGAAGUUGACGUGCUAUAUCUGCAGUCAGCGCAUGGGAGCCUGCAUCCAGUGUUCUAACAAAAACUGUUAUCAGGCCUUCCAUGUCACCUGCGCCCGGCGCUGCCGGUUGUUUCUCAAGAUGAAGAACAGCCAGGGCGCUCUCGCUGUGCUGGACAGCAUGCCGCUCAAGGCGUAUUGCGACAAGCACUGUCCCCAAGACUAUGCAAAGGAGAAUGCAGUCGCUGAAGCGACAAAAGAUGCGAAGCGCUUCUACAAGCGGACCAUGAAGGGGCGCAUUUGGGCCAAUAGUCAAGCGUCGGCCCUUCAGUUAGCCGCUACCCACCGCCAUGCCAUAACUGAGCACCCCCCUGACGAGUCCCAGUUGACAGGCGCCAAAAUGAAUACUGUUCUCGGAGAUAAGAAAAAGGGACAGCCGGCCAAGAAUAUCUGGAAGCUGCCGUCGGGUGCACCCAUUAUCCCCCAAGCUGUGUUUGACACGGUGGAGAGCUCACUCUCUCGCUUCCCGAUACGGAAGCGCAAAGACUAUGUCGCCGAAACAUGUCGCUACUGGACCCUCAAGCGCGAGGCCAGGCGUGGAGCCGCCUUGCUCAAACGGCUGCAGCUUCAAAUGGAGACGUUCUCGUCAAUGGAGUUGACACGGCGUAACUUUGCCGCUAUGGGUCCGUCUGGGAAGACAAGACUGGCCAGAAGGAUCGAGUUUUGCGGCAGCCUCGUCAAAGACCUGGAACAGCUCAAGGAGUUGUCUGAUGCAAUUGUCCAGCGUGAAGCCUCCAAGCUGGAAGCGGCCGAGUUGGAGCAGGACUUUGUCGACAGUUGCUAUUUCCCGGUCUACAAGAAGCUCCAACCGGUGCUUGACAAGGCUUUCCUACUUGACAAGAACAUCUUCAAGCCGGGCUUUAGAGAGUUGCAAGACAAACUGGACCAGCGGUUUUACACCACCACACUACAUUUUGCCACCGAUUUGUGCCAAGCCAUCAACGCAGGCAUCAACGAUCCGCCAGCCGUGCCGGCAACCGAAGAAUCUCGCGGCAUCGGCAUCGAUGCGUCUCCAGUCAAGAACGGCGGCAAUGCAGAUGUCAAAGACCGUAGAAGGAUAGGAAAGCGAAUGCUCAAGUCACUCCAGCCACUUCUCGAAUCCGCCUUGCAGGCAGAGGCGGAAAUAUGCAAGAAGCCUCUCGAGGGUCUGCAGGCGGAACUCGAGGCCAUAAUCGAGGCUAGCACUGAGCUGAGACAGCCCGGUCCGGCAGCUACUAUCAUGGUGUCAGGAGACGGCAGCCUGGCCCCUGGUAUUCCACAAGAUGUCGACAUGGCGGACGCACCUGUGGAAGGCCAAAUUAUCGUCGCUGAUCAGUUAGACGAAGAUGUCGAUGCCGACGGGGAUCCAGACGAUCCCAUGGAAGGCACCGAGCACAUUGGCGAUGGAAGCAUAGAGGUCAAAUCGGACGAGCACGACGCCGAAAUAAACGGUGCCUUGUCCUCUGCCCAUUCCGUCACAGCAGAAGAAAACAACGACACUCAACGGACUGACAUCCCGCAGAUACUUACCAACGGCAUUCCCAAGGAAUCAAACUCACCACCCUCCCUUGCCGGCUACAAUCCUGCCUCCAACCCGCAACCACAAAAUCACUCUGGUCCACUGAGUCCACCGCAGUCAAACGGCUCCUUCGGCAUCAACCAACAACAAGGACACCAUAAUGUCCUUUCUGACGGUGGUAUUCCGUGGUACCUUGAAGAGUUUGAGCUGAAGGGGACGUCAGCGGUGGAGAAGCAGUGGGCCGGGAGGGAAGCGGUGCGAAGUCUGAGUGAAGAGUUGACGGAUAUGGACGAGGAGGCGUUGAGAGACUUGGAGUUUGAUGUGGAUGAUGAGAAUACUAUUACCGCUAGUCCGGUUGAUGUUGGCAAGGGGAGUGGGGGGUUGAAGGUGGAGGCGGGAACGCCGAGCGGGAGGAGGAAGAGGGCGGAUGUGAGUAAGUUUAGGAAGGGGGUUAGGAGCUCUGCUAGGAGGAAGUAAGUGAUGGGGGUGUAUGAUAUUGAUGGGUGAAGGAGGGGGCUUUCUUCUUGGCUUGGGACUUGUGACCAGCGACUCUUUUUUUUUUUUCUUUUUUUUUUCUUGGUUCUUUUUUACUUAUGCGUUUUUGAUCGAUUCCCCGGUUGGUUUUUGUCUUUUCUUUUAUCACUUUCUUCUUUCUCGUUUGGUCUUGUCUCUUUCAAGAAUUACAUUUCUAGUUGCUAUAACCGUUAGGUUUUUUUUUCCUUCUUUUAUUUUUAAACACACAGAGUUUGCGAUUUUGGUUUCUUGUUUUGUUUUUAAUUUUCUUUUUUAGGUGGGGGUAUAACUUUGGGAGGGAAGGACAUCGGAUGGAUGGUAGGGAAUGGGGGAAAGAGGGAGGAAAGGAGUUGAUAAUCAUUUUGACUGGUUUGUUAUUCGCGAUGGUGUCUGGAGUUUUGAGGGGAUGAAAUGAGGAGAGGAGAGGAGUGGAGGGAGGUGGGGGGUACAUAGUUGGUGGUGACAUUGCUUUUUGUUUUUGGAGGUUAUGGGAGGAGAUAAGAGAGGUGUGAAUAUAAUAUUUUUGAUAUUUCCUGCGACUAUGGGUGAUGAUGCUAGCUAGCUAGGUAUGAUCCGCCAACUUGAUAUGUCUGCUUCCCUGUCUGUCUGUGCUUUCUUUUUUCGCUUUGGGAUAUUCCGAUCGUCGGGUGUGUGUUUUCAAUCAGGUGGGACAUUUGGGGGCAACGGCUUUUUCAUGGGGCGUCAGUGUGGUGGUGGCUCAGUGGUGGAUGUUUUUUCUUUGAUGAACGCCUCGAGAUGUUCAACUCGUUUUGUUGAGGCGCUGAUGGUGGUUGUCUGUUGGCACCCGUGGUGUGAAUCCCUCAGUAUCUUCCCCCAUGCUUCCGCUUUGGCGAGUCGGAACGGCGGUGAUCUUGGCGAAUUCGUGCCAGUAGCGGGCCCGUUGCUUGAAGAACACGGCCUCGUCGGUAUCAUUGCCGAAGCGGUGUUGGGUAUCGAGGAUUUUUGCUUUUUGUAUCCGGAGGAAGUUCUUGUGCUAUUUGUUGCUGUUUAGUUGCUCUAGGAGGCUGUCGAUGGUGCGGGGGGAGACGUGGGAGGGGGCGGUGGGAUGACAUUUUUGUGAGCUGGGAGUUUUGGCUUUGUCUUGUUUUGAUGGGGGGUUGAUGGAGACGGAAAAGGGUGGUGGUG